UCUAUUGCCGACCAGCAAAGAUACAAAAUAAUAAUAAUGUUGAGCUGGCUUCGUCGCUUCCCCCACGACGUGGUCCACAGGAAGGAGAACGCCGGAAGCGGCGGGCGGAGGACCUCCUCCUCCACCACCUGGAGGAACAGGAGCAGCAGCUUCACCGCCCGGAUCAUCCGAUGCGCCUCCUCGGUCGUCGACGCCACCGCCAAUAAUAAUAAGCACCGCGACGAGGACGACGACUGCCCCCCGCUGCCAUUGUCGCCUCCUGAUCAUCAAGUAGAUGAUGAUCAUGGCGUGACCGUGGUGUCGGCGGCCCAGGCGUUCUCGUUCCGCGAACUAGCCGAAGCCGCAGGCAACUUCCGGCAGGACAGGUUGAUCGGCGAGGGCGGGUUCGGGCGCGUGUACAAGGGCCGGCUGACGAUGCCGGGGGAGCAGGAUCAGCGGGUGGUGGCGGUGAAGCAGCUGGACCGGAACGGGGGGCAGGGCAACAGCGAGUUCGUGGUGGAGGUGGUGAUGCUGAGCAUGCUGCACCACCCCAACCUGGUGCGCCUGCUGGGCUAUUGCGCCGAGGGCGACCAGCGCCUGCUCGUGUACGAGCACAUGGCCCUGGGAUCCCUCGAGGACCACCUGCUGCGGCUGUCCAUGCCAAUGCUGCCAUGGCGCACCAGGAUGCGGGUCGCGCACGGCGCCGCCAGGGGGCUCGAGUACCUGCACGACAGGGCCGUCAUCUACCGCGACCUCAAGUCCUCCAACAUCCUCCUCGCCCACGACUACACCCCAAAGCUCUCCGACUUCGGCCUCGCAAGGCUGCUCCCGAUGGCAGCAUCGUCAUCCUCAGGCAGCAGCACCAGAGACUCUAGAGUCAUGGGCACCUACGGCUACUGCGCCCCCGAGUACCUCCGCACCGGCAAGCUCAGCGCCAAGUCCGACGUCUACAGCUUCGGCGUGCUGCUGCUGGAGCUCAUCACCGGCCGCCGGGCCAUCGAUGCCACCCGCCCGGACGGCGAGCAGAGCCUCGUGGGAUGGGCGGUCACCAUGUUCGCCGACCCCAGCAGGUUUCAGGAGCUGGUGGACCCCCGCCUGGUGAUGGCCAUGCAGGGGCCUCCGCCGUCGGAGCUCAAGCACGCGGUGGGGGUCGCGGCCAUGUGCUUGCAGGAAAACCACGCCCUGCGCCCCGUCAUGACCGACGUCGCCAUCACACUCUCCUUCCUCGCCGCCUCCACUACCACUGGAUCUCCUUCCUCGCUAACAGGCACCUCCGCCCGUGGAACAGCUUCCACGGGCCCCCUCUGGGUCAAAGGGGCGAUGAAGGAAUCUGACCAGCUCGCGACAUCCUUCAUCACGCCGUUCGGCUCAUACUACUACGUAUCGAUGCCUUUCGGUCUUAAAAAUGCGGGAGCAACAUACCAGCGAUGCAUGCAAUCCUGCUUCUCCGACCAGAUCAACCCGCCAAUCGACCCAGACCGAUCAGACCCGCCUCGGGCAACGGUCGCGGUCUACGUCGACGGCAUCGUCGUCAAAACACCACGCGUGGACGACCUGGUCGCCACCCUGAGCGCCACGUUCAUAAAUCUCAAAUGA